AUGGGUAAGUUUAUGAAACCCGGCAAAGUGGUGCUGGUGCUGGUCGGAUGCUACUCCGGUUGCAAAGCCAUCAUUGUGAAGAACAUUGAUGAUGGCACCUCAGACCAGUCCUACAGCCAUGCUCUGGUGGCUGGAAUUGACCAUUAUCCUCAAAAAGUGACAGCUGCCAUGGACAAGAAGAAAAUCGCCAAGAGGUCGAAGAUCAAAUCUUUUGUGAAAGUUUAUAACUACAAUCACCUCAUGCCCCCAAGGUACUCUGCGGAUAUCCCCUUAGACAAAGCCAUCAUCAACAAGGACGUCUUCAGAGACCCUACUCUUAAAUGCAAGACCUGACGGGAGGCCAAGGUCAAGUUUGAAGAGAGGU